CGUAUGUAAAGAUCUCAAAGUUACAAAUACAAAAUUCAGCUGGACUUGUGACCUUGAAAAUAUUUGAUCUUAUCCUUUGCAUACAUCCAAAUGUGAAUAUACUCAUUCACGAUAUAUACUUCUCUAGUAUCGGUUGGAAACAUAAUUAAAUUGAUACAUGUCACUUUUCAUUUUGAAACUCAAUCAUUUCCACGAUGUCUGUGUUGUUAGUAGUUUCAGCUCUAAUUGUGGUAUUGGCUAUAGUUUAUCAGAAAUGGCUCUACAAAUAUAUCGGGUCGGAUAAUCGGAAGAAAUAUUUUGCAGAACUUUUGAAAGACUUUCCCAAACUUUACAACCCAAAAACUAAACCUAUGAAGCAAAAACUUUUUGAAUCUUUGAUAAAGACAAAGGAGGAAAUUUGCGUAUUAGAAAUUGGAAUUGGCUCGGGUGGAAACUUUGAUUUUUACCCAGAAUCAAAAUGUCGCCUAAUCGCAAAUGAACCGAACCAAUAUUUCCAUCAAAUUUUGUCGGACAAUGUCGCUAAAUAUCCACAAAUAAUCCUGAGCCGAAUUUCAUCCUCGUCUGCCGAUAAUUUACAAGACAUAGGAGACGCUACGAUAGACGCUGUAAUUAGUACAGUUGUUUUAUGUAGCGUUCCCAACGUUGCAAAUACAUUGGACGCAAUCCUCCGUGUUUUGAAGCCGGGUGGGAAAUUCUACUAUAUGGAACACGAAUUGGACCCUAAAUUUACUUGGUGGAGAAAGCUUCAAGAAAUGAUUGACUUUUUCGGGAUUUGGACGUUUUUGUUCGAUGGUUGUCACGCCUCCCGCACUACAGGAAAUCUGAUCAAGGAUUCCGGCUUGUUGUCUGUGGACCAGGAUAGAUUUUACCUUAACCCCGUUGGGUUUUGGGGGCUUUAUAUAAUUAAACCGCACGUUUAUGGGGUAGCUAUGAAGACAGCGAUAAAGAGUGAAAAAAGCUUGGACUUGUAGUCAGUCAGUAAUGCAUUACUGACUGUUAUAAUGGUAUUGUAAUAUUAUACACAUCUUACUUUUAUGUACAUAUGUACAGUGCCGUUGGAAAGCAAAAUGUGAUUCUAACGAAAGUACAUUAUACCUAUUUAAACAAUAUUAUAUUAUUAAUGGAUUGGAAAAAUAAAAUUGUCAAUAAAAGCUUCACAAACACAA